AUGGGCGGCGCGGCGUCAACCCAAACGUUCGAGCAGAUGCUGGCAUGCACCAUGAUCCUCGGUGAUGCCAUGGUGCAGGGUUUGGAUCCGCGGUUCGUGCGCUUCCCGGACUUGUAUCGACUGUACGACUUCCACGUCGGGCCGAAGAAUCCACGAGAUCAAUCACGCAACUUCAAAGGCGGCAACAUGGUGCUGAUCGUGCAUUCUCCUGAUGGCGAGGGCAAAUUCCAGCAGUUGACGCUCGACGGUCAAGAGAUCAAGUCGACAUCGGGCAAGACACACAAGCAGUAUGCUGACGAGACUCUAGAUGACAGCAAGUUGAUCGUCUAUGUGGGCAACGACAAGAUUGUGCUGGACAAGGAGACACUGCAUCUGCCUAACAACGACGGCUGGACGCCCCUACACUCUGCGUGCCACAUGCUCAAUGCCCAAGAGGCGGGAAUCGCCAUCCUCAAGGAGCUAGUGGUUCGCAAAGCAGAUCUGGAUGGGAUAACACGUCGUGGUCCUGGAUCGUUCUCGUGCGGCUGGACGGCGCUACAUAUCGCCUGUGCCUACGGAUUGGAGGCUUUGGCGAUCAAACUCAUUCGUGCUGGAGCCAAUGUGAACACAGUCAACUCGGUCGGGUGGACCCCACUAUACGAUGCUUGUCAUCGGGGAUACGUGACUAUCGCACAGGAGCUCUUGCGUGCAGGAGCCAAGCACGAUGUUAUUUGCCCUGAAUUCGCGUUGUGUCCGUUCCCGGGGCAAAUGCCACUGGCGGAGGCAGCACGUCAAGGACAUGGAUCCACCGUCAAGAUGCUGCUGGAGUGGGGUGUCAACAAGAACGCAACGAACAAGCUCGGGUGGACAGCGCUGCAUGAAGCUGCGUAUCAUUCCCGAGUGCCAAUUGUCAAGAUGCUGGUUGUGUAUGGUGCCGACGUGAUGCUCAAGACUGAUCGUGGCUCUAUCGCGAAAGACCUCACCAUUCACAGCGAGAUCCGCGCCAUGCUCGAAGAUAUUGCGUCACAUCUACCUACUCCGUCGUCUCUGUCUCCACCGAAGCAGGUUGAAGCAACAACCACGUCUAAUAUCGAGGACAAGCCUGUUCCAGCUUUGAAAACGGCACCAUUGUCGCGUAAAGAGGAAUAUGAACUGCUCGGAGACUUGCCGAGCCUGAACGCUAUCACUAUUCAGGACGCUGAUGCAAUCGACGACGAUGAUGAAGAGGAAGUCGAUGCCAAAGCUCCUGCUCUUGAUUCACCGUCCAAGGAGAAGCACAAGAAGAAAUCAAAGCAUUCUUCCAAGAAGAAGAAAAAUAAAUCCGGAUCACGAGAUAUCCCGCCCGAGUACAAGUGUGCAGUCUCGCUGAAGUUGUUGAAACAUCCGAUGCGAUCACCAUACGGCCAAGUGUUUGAGCGCCAGGUUAUAGAAGCUUGGUUUCGCGAUUUUGGCAACCGCUGUCCAUUAACAGGAGAACCGCUCACGCUUCAGCAGUUAGUGAGCGACGAAGAGCUCCGUGAAGAGAUCCGGGGUUGGAAACACGGUUCGAAGAAGUUCGAAACCUCUGAAGCGGAGGCAAAGGAAUCUACUGAGACUAAAGAAGUUCUAUCAGUCGCAAGUCCUCGAGGCGAUGAGUAUGAUUUCUAA